AUGAUGAAAUUGGAAGUCUCAUCUUCUUCGUUCAACUAUGUCAUCUUUCAUCUUCUCCACUUCUUCAACCUUUUCAUCUUUCUUGUUGUGAUCAUGUCAACAGGAUGUGGAAAAAAGAAAGCAAUGAAGAGCAAGGAGACAAGUAGAAAGAGUUCAGAAACUGUUCAAAGUACGGCUACACCCGUGAAAUCAGUUCAACUCAAUCCAACUGAAUCUCCAAAACCAGCUGAAGCUGAAGCUGCUCCAAAGAAAGAAGAAGCUCCAGCUCCAGUUCCUCCGGUUGAGAAAUCAAAGGAGAAAUCAAAAGAGAAAUCAAAGAUGGAAGAGAAACCAAAGGAGAAGUCGAAGAAAUCGGAGAAGAAAUCCAAAAAGUCUCAAAAAUCGAAAAAGGGAGAAGAGAAGAAAGAUGGGGACGAUAACGGAUACGAGAAUUGCGCUGAUAUGACUCCAGAUGAGUUGAAGAAGAUUGCCGAGCAAGCAGAUACAAAGAAGUAG